UCAAUCAAUAUCUACUUGGAUGUCUAGAGGUUCAUAAAUAAGCAUUUUUAAGAUAAUUUAAAGAAAAAUGUUAUGAAAUAUUUGUUAAUUCUGGUUUCAUACAUUUUUGUAUUACAUUUCUGACACAAAAAAAUGACAGGAGUAAAAAAUUAAAAGAUUAAAGCAAUUCAAAUACUGUCCUCAACCUCCUAGGCUUUUAGUAAAUGUGAAAACAUAUAACACACAAUAAUUACAGGAGUCAUCUAUGUUUAACCGGUUUCUUGUCACAUAAAAUGGCAUCUGGCUUGUUGAUGAUACCACCCUGACUUUAAUUUGCAAGUAUUUUACAAAACAAUGGUUUAGUACCAGCAUGUACCUAAAUUACAUCAUUUUCCAAAUAAAGGGAAAUAUCUGCACGCCUUCCUUCAUGCACAUGCACAUGCUGUGUUGCAUAACAAAAAAAUGAAAGAUGUCAGCAAGAAGGGAAACGUGUGUGGAUCUGUCUGUCUUUAUUUUUAAAAUCAAUUUCUUCAUUGCAUAAUUAAAAAAAAAAAAAACUUUUUUUACUUCUGACUCAGUAAUUUUCCCCCCAAUUCUUUUUACAAAAGGUUUUUAAUAAGCCUUCAGGCUUUAAUUGACACAUUUGCCUCACAAAAAAAUCUAAAUACAUUUUAAUUUAAAAAAUGAAAAAUAUGUUCAUCAUUAAAAAUGCGAAUGAAUACAUUUUGAAAUACUGUAGACCCGAGGUCGAAUAGUGCAUCACAUCAUUGAUCUUCAGUAGUCUGGCAUUACUAGGCAUUACUACUGAGUGCAGAAAGACAGGAUUUCAGACAAGGGGGAUUUUGGCCUUAUAUAAUCCAGGUGUUUUUCUGUGGCAGUUAAACUAUUCCCCCAUACAGCCAGAGGGCUGGGCAUAGGGCCUAUGCAAAUCAGUUUGUGGACCUGCCAAGAGGCUUGCCUACCAACCCUCUAAUUACACUUGACAACACAUAAAAACAUAAACAUACACUAAAGUAGCAUUUUCCGCACAUUAAAAAACGUGGCUAAAAGAAUGACUCAAAUUAGCGGGGGACAAUCUCGCUGUUAAAUACAUUUAGCCUCUAGCAGAUUGUGGAUGGGCUAUAAAGUACCCCCAGUAGAUACUGCAAAGCCUCUAAAUGCAGCUCUCUUGUAAUGCUUGAUGUCUGUUUACAAAAACUCUUAAAGCUAUUCACCAGAGGUACUAAUGGUACAUGAGUUUGUGAUUGCUUUCCAAGUAGCAUUACGUAUGAUGUGAAUAACUCACACAAGAGCUGGAUCUUCUCUUAUCUGCAUCUGUUACUCUAGGGGUAGCUAGGUUAUCCAUGAGCCAGCCCCUCCAUGUGAUUUCUGCCAUUUCAUUCAACACCUCUUUCUUUUUGGGAGGCACGUUUAUAAGCGAUUCUGUCAUUGUUGCGCUGGGGGCCACAGUGGGAAACGCCUCAAUCCAAUCUACCAGGUGUGGGUCCUUGUCUAUUUAAGUGAAAUUUAAGUGGAAUUACUUGUCCUGGCAUGUUAAUCAUUUUGCAAAAGAAGCCUAUUAAUAUAUCUUGACCUGUUGACUAAACCUUUAGAUUGCAUUUAUUGACUGACCAAGAUUUUGCACCUCUACUUAAUGGCCUCUCAUAAUCUUAAUUCACAAAUGGUGGUCUCAACUAUUUCCGCUGCAUCUGCAACAGCAAUCUGAGGACCUUGGUUUGUGUUUUGAGAGAUGGAUGGAUUGUGGAAGGAUUUGUUGGAAUUGCAAAAUAUCUUCACAAACCAUGGAAAUGUUGAGGAAUAUGCUCACAUCUGUACAAACUUUUGCAGGUGCUCGGCCAAAAGGUGAAUACAAGUUUAAAUAAAAUCCACAGAAAGUUUAAUAAGUCACGUUUCACCCAACAAAUAUUGACUCGAAACAUCAUGGUCGAAGCGUUGUGACUUAUUAAACUUUCUUUAGGAGCAAAAAUAGCAAUGUUGAGGAGUAACUCAACAAAAGUAUUUUAAUGGCAAUGAAAAGGUUAUUAGUCAGUUAUUGAAAUGUCUUAUUUUCACAAAUUGUCACCUUGGAAUUGCAGUAUCAGGUUCUGAUAAUUUUGUCAAAAUUGAGUUAUUCACAUACUCUUAUAUUAAAACUUAUUUACAUUGUGUGAUGGUACAUUUUAUGACUUUUUAUUUAACCCUUAAAUGCAUACCUCGGAUCUUUAGUGACCCGGGGCAUCAUUUAUAACCCUCCCCCUCGUUCAUUAGAUCUCCAGAUUUUUAGUGUUCCUCAAUUUAGAUCUUAUCAACAACUUAACAAGAUAGAUAACGAAAAAGGUCAAAUAAUAUCUGUCUUAUAAUUCAUUUAAGGUAAAAAGUUGUAUAGGGUCACUAUGUAAUAGUGUAAGUUAAAAUAAUUGAUUUUUUUCAUGCUCUUUUCUAUUGAUAUGAUGACUAAAAUGAUGGGCAACACCGUGGUUCAGUGGUUGGCACUGUCGUCUUACAGGAAGAGGGGUCCUGGGUUGUGCCUGGCUAAUCCAGGGAGCAUUUCUACUUAUUGUUUCCCAGACAGCACCAUGUAAAAAGUGAAAGUUGGUUCAACUUAAAAGAUGAUGAUUUCCAACAACACUUUUCCCUCAUACACACAUGCUGGGACUUCAAGUUUCACAGAAGUCACUCAGACCAGCCUCAACGAUUCGAUUGUGGACGUCGGUGGACUCUGCACAGGAUGGAUUGCCCAGACCACAAGCACAGCUGCUCUUCAGCCUCUAGGUCACUGGUCUCCGCCUGACUGUCUACAGCAUGACCCCUCCCUUCCCUCCCACAGCACUGAUAUGUACGUCCAGCCUAUCUGUCCCAGUUACACUGUUGUGGGCCCUUCCUCCAUGCUGACUUUAGCACACACGCCUCUCUUCACCAACCUUGGGACUAUGAGCAGCUCCAAUUCAACUCUGCCUCAGGUGGACGUCCCAGACCUGACGUACAUUCCAUGGGCCCAGUCUUUAUCCUCAAUUGCCGGCUCCGUCGUGCAGGCGCCUUCAAUGCCAGCGGCUCUUUCUGCCCCCCAGCUCUUCCCUGUGCCUCUGACUUUGCCUAUACUCUCCCCAGAACCAGAGCCUCAGCAGGUUAAGUCUCCCCAGGCCCCUGAGGGCUCGAUAGCCCUUGAAAAACUACUGGAAGAUCAUGAGGGUCAAAAAGAAACCUACAUCUGCAACCCCUCGCUUUUUUCUGAAGAUAUUUAGGAUAUUUGUGACCCUGUCUGUGAAAUUCAGAUUUGAGUUUCAUAAUCUAAUUAUGAGAAGUGGGAUUAGCAUUUGUGCAUUUUUGUGAAGCUUCUGUUUAGAUCAUUAUAGGGUGAAACAUAUAUGCAUAUGGUGUAUAUAAACAGUUUAGCACCUGUUGUAGGGGAUCAGGGACAAAUAUUUAGUUUAACUGCAAAUAAAAUAAUCUUUAGAAUUUAUACUGUCUAUUAAAGCAAAAACAGCUUGCUUUAUUUGUUCAGGGCGCUGAUCAUGAUGUGAAAAGUAUUGCAGAAUUAAGGCUAACAUGUUUAACCUAAAACCUUACAAGGUAGUUAAUAAUUGUUUUUCUUCCUUGUGUACGGCUCAUGAAUCCGUCAGUUAGAAAGCCAUCAGUUUUUUAGAAGAAAUCCCCUAUGGAUGUUAUCAUUUAUCUGUGUCCUUUACCUGCAGGCUCAGUUGUCUGUCAGGUUAUCACAUCCCCUAAUGAGAUGUUUGAACAAGGGUCUGCUUCAUGCUUGCUUUACUGUAAAAUCUGCUUAUUUACAGCUUCUUUACAUGUGACCUUUACUCUUGAACAGCAUAUGACAAUAAAUAAAACAC